AUGCGAGCACGAGGGCGGGCGGCCACGUGGAGUGGUGACGGGCGGCGCGGCGAGGCGGGCGGGCCGGGCGCGAUCGAUGCGCGCCGGGCCGAGCCGUCAGUGCCGCGGCGGACGCGGGCGGAGCGGCGCGGUGGCAGCGAGAGCAGCCACGGAGCACGCGCGCGCCCGCGGACUGCGCGCCGCCGCCGAGCGCGCGCCCACCGCCCGCGUGCAGCCGCCCACGACGACAUGGACGCGCUUUCCGAUGACGACGAAUACGCGCGCCGGGAGCCGCAGAUCAGCAGCCUGGUGGCGACACGCGGCGAGGCGGCGGCGGGCGGGGCGGCCGUGCAGCGCGUGGGGGCCGCCGUCGCCUGCGCCGUCGAGCGCUUCGUGGCCGUCGGGGAGACCAUCGCCGACGACAAUCCCGACGUCAGGCACAGCAUGGUGCUGGCUUGCAAGGAGGCGCGCGCUGCAGGACGAGCGAUUGAGCGGGUGUGCGCGGGCGCAGACGGAGCCGGCAUGGUGUCGGCGGCGCGCGCGCUGCUGGCGGCCGUCACGCGCGUGCUGCUGCUCGCCGACAUGGUCGUCGUGCGGCAGCUACUGCUGGCCAAAGACAAGGUGGCACGCUCACUGGACAGACUGGAGUCGGUGUCAAACUUCGCGGAGUUCGUGCGAGCGUUUACGGAGUUCGGCGGCGGCAUGGUGGAGCUAGCGAGGCUGACCGCCGAGCGUCGCGCGGACCUGCGCGACGAGCGGCGGAGAGCGCAGGUGGCCGCUGCCAGAAACGUACUGGAGCGGUCCACGCUCAUGCUUCUUACCUCAUCUAAGGCGUGCCUGCGCCACCCGGGCAGCGCAUCGGCGCGGGAGAACCGCGACACGGUGUUCUGUCAGAUGCGGCGCGCCAUGGACCUCAUCCACUACGUGGUGCGCGACGGACUGCCGGGCCACGACGAGCCUACUCACGAGGCUGCACAGUGGGAAGCUGGCACGGCUUUGGGCGCUCUACGAGGCCUAACGGCACAAGUGCGAGCGGCACGGGCCCGCGGCGGGGCCGAUGCGGGCAGGAGGCGGGCCCUGGCCGGCACCCUGCGGGCCCUGGUCGAGCGAACGCACGACUUCACCGACUCCGCCUACACCUCUCACGAUCAUAGACAGAGAAUUCUGGCACUCGCCGAGAGGAUAGCGUACGAGUUGGAGAGGCUAGUCGCAGUCGCUGUGUCUAUGGAGGAGCAAGGCACGACCGGCGCCGGCGCAGCGUUGGAGAGCGCUUGCGCCGGCGCCAACAGCGCGGCGUCCGAGCUGGAGCGCGCGCUGGUGAGCGCGGCCCGCGACCAGGCGCGCGACCUGGCGCCGCUCGCCGACGAGGCGCGGCGGCUCGCCUCCGACCUCGCGCACAUAGGUAACCUACGACGGAAAAUAGCUAGUUCCUGUGGAGAGAGAGAAUCAGAGAGACUGCACAACAUAGCCAGCCGGCUCCACGAACAAUUAGAUCACAUAAUAGAGGUAUGCAAAUUACUUAGACACAUAGCAAUGUCUGAAACGCUUCAAGUGAGCGCAAAGUUCGCGGAGAUAAACUUGAGGAUAUACGGGCCGCAAGUGGUGACGGCGGCACGGACGUUAGCAGCGCACCCGGGCAGCGCGGCGGCGAGAGAGAAUCUCGACGUGUUCGUGGACAUGUGGGCCUGGUUGCUGGCGGAUGCAGCGCGCCUGGCCAGGGAACUCCUCGACCUCACAGAUGACCGGCCCGACAAGCAGCAGUACAGUAGUUUACCCAGGCCUGGAAAACAUGGUACGACGAGUAAACCGUUGAAGGCGGUGCGAUUAGACUCUGACGAGCAAGCAAAGAUUGCCAAGUCAGGUCUGGAGAUGAAGAUGAUGUCCAGUGAGAUGGACGCCGAGACUGAAAAGUGGCAGGGUGCUGCUGCUGACGAAAACAACGACAUUGUGAAGAGGGCAAAAAAUAUGUCUUCCAUGGCUUUCGCUAUGUACCAGUUUACAAAAGGCGAAGGCCGUCUAAAUACAACACAGGACCUCUUCACGCAAGCGGAAUAUUUUGCAGAAGAAGCAAACCGAUUGUACAAAAUAGUUCGUCAAUUUUCUUAUCAGGUACCAGCAGGUACGACGAAAAAGGAACUGUUAGAGCACCUAGACAAAGUGCCCACAUACGUUCAGCAACUACAGUUCACAGUCAAAGAGCCGACGGUGGGGCGCGCAGCCACCUUCAGCAAAGUAGACAAUGUCAUUCAGGAGACUAAACACCUCAUGAAUGUCAUAAGCAAAGUCGUAACCACGUGUUUCGACUGCGCGAAUAAGUACAAACUGGACUUCACCGGGCUAUCGGCGGGCGGGGCGGGCGCGGGCGGCGGGCGCGGCGCGGCGCGCGACGAGGACGGCGGCGGCGGCGUGGGCGGCGACGCGAAGCCGGGCGGGAGCUCCUCCGACACGGCCAUGUGACAGUACGGCAUGGGCCGGCGCGGCAAGGGCGACGCGCGCCGGACCAGGGUCAGCUUCCUCUUGUUUUAAAGACUUAAACGUCUCUUAAAACGACACGUCGCCUGACGUCGGGAGGACAAACCUCGUGCUCGGUACACUGCUCUGUCGGCAAGGUUUACUGCCUUUGAAUAUAAUUCGCAGUAGAAUAACAAGUACAAGAUUUGCCUCGUAAACUACUAUUGUUGUUGUUAUAGAUCUAUUCUAUAGCUGUUUGAGUCGACAGAUAUUUUUAUAAGAUCGUUUUAUACACGGUUAUGUAACUUAUUUUUGAGAUUGCAUAAUUGGUGCAAGAUGAAUAUUUAUUUAAUGAGCCUUAGGCCUUAGGAUAUCAUAAAGACAACGAACGACCUUCUAACAGAGUUCUGUGUAUCCAGAGUGAUGUUUGUCCGAGAAUCACAUGGAUCGUCGACUACGAGCCGAAAUUACGUAAUUUUAAGAAUGUAGGCGUCGAUACAUGUGAAUCUUUAAACCGACCACAAAUGCUGGCAACCGGUAUAACAUCGCACAAAGGGUUUGUGGAUGUUGGAUGGGUUCAGCUUUAUUAAAUAAGA